AUGCCACUGUCCUUAGGUACUGAUCUGGGCGGGCUCCCUGCUGGCUCCUUCACCGAAUUCAGAGAGGCAGACACAGUUGAUUUGGCUGGCCUAAGCGCCACAGAGCCAGCAGGGGGGGCGGGUGCCGCAGGUGCAGCUGAAGCGCGGGGACCGGAAGCUCCUGAAGCAACAGUAGGAGCCCCAGGGUCAGCAGCACCACCUGCAGCACAAGGGGAGCCUACAGCUGGCGAGGGAGCUGAAGCUGCAAUGGCCACGCAAAAGCCUCCAGAGGAAGCAGCACAGCCUGGCCUUGAAGCAGCUGCAGCCGGGACUGCCGAGCAGCAAAAGCUGCAGCAGCCACCUACUGAAGCACCAGCAGCUGAAAUUCCUUCUGCAGAGCGAGAGACCGCACCGCUAGGCGCGGCUGCCGCAGCGGUGCCUUCGGCUGGACCGGAGGACUCACCUGAGGACAAGCUGGCGAAGGCGCUGUUGGCCCUCGAAGUUAAGACAGCACCGACUCUUGAGUACUCUACGGCACUAGAACUGCAAUCUGCAAUCGAUAUGACUCUGCCCGAAAUUGAGUUUGGCGAUCUGGAGACUGCUCUGUUUGCCAUAUUGGAGGCCUCAGAUCGACUGGCUCUCCAAGAGCUAUUACCUGGCCUGCCGGAAACUUCUAUAUCCAAGUGGACCCUGAACGUUGUCUUGAAAUACUACAACACUGUAAGAGGCCCCCAAGGGGCCUCUCUGGUCCCGCAAGAGGCCCUAUCUCUGAUUGUACCUUUCUGGGCGCCAAGAGUGCAAGAGACGGAGCAGUAUGCAUUGCUGGUUCAGCGAAUGUUUGCUAAGCGGAUCCAGCAUCCUUCCUGGGAUCGUUUCGCUGACAAAGAAAGCAUGUUUGGUCAAGCGCAUGAAGUGAUUGUAAACACUUUAGGUUUUGUUUGUGGAGAUGAUGGAGUUCUAAAUGUUCAUAUGCAGCAUUGCAACAUGUCACUCAACGGAUCCGUUAAAGGGGAGAUGAGAGCCCUACAACUGAUCAUCACAGGCAUGGGUCUUGGCGUUUCUGCGCUACUGCCUGGAAAAAUAGAAUCGAUGAACGCGUGGUUGCAACAGCUCGGAGAGACAGGAAAACCGCCAGAACCUCGCGUUGUCCUAGGGGAACCAGUCUUGUCUCUGUUUCAACGCUUGCGCCUGAGCUCCCCCCAGCAUUUCCUUCUGUGCAUGCGCUUGGCGGGCUGGCCAGAGGGCAAAACUACUUUAGACAACUCGGAGGAAGCCGCCUUGUUCCUUGAGACUGUACAAUCUGCUCAUAUGAUGCUCGACAAGGGUACCAUGAACUGGGUCGUUAACGCAGCUGGGGGCGAAGCACCCGAGAUUAGCGAGCGGAUAAUUAGUAAUUUCCCGAACAUACCUCAGGCUACAAGACAAAUUAUCAUUACUACAACUUCAGAGGCACCAGGAGCGGCAGCAGCUGCAGCAAGAGUUAAGCCUACUGCGCCUGAGGAAGAGAAACCUAAAGAAGGCAUAUAUGCUCCCAUCAAACCUUCGGAAAGAGAAAUCUACCACGAGAUUCCAGCCCGCAAAGAAGCACCAGCCGUCAUCGGCAGACCGGUGGCUACAGUUGCUCCAGACGAGGCGGAGAUCGCCGGAUCUAUGCCCUGGGCUUUCUUCCAACAAGCCAUCGCAAAAAGGCAUGGCCCUUAUCGCAGACUGCCUUAUUGGGUUGAAGUAUCCCCUGAUUGUCCCGUGAGGAGUUCAUCUACCUUAGGAGGAAAGAGACUGGACUUGGCGAAAGCAACAGACGACCUCCUGUUGCGUUUGGCGACAAUGGCUCCCAUGCUUCUGAAAAAAUCAGGAGGCCGCAACGCUCCCCGAUUUGCCGCAGUCUGCGGUGCCAUGGGGGCCCUCUUGGCUGGCUGGCAGCAGCUUCUCGAAUCCUCGAUGGUGGAGAACUCCACCGGGGUUCUGGCUCAUGCAGCGCUCAUUGAAAGAAUUUCUAACCUCCACAAGUACUUUUUGUUCCCCUACAGCGAUGUGGGAGAAGAGGCAAGGCAAGAUGAAAAGGCUUACGAGCAGAAACGGAAAGUCAUAAAAGCAUUCGCCAAAAGUGCUGAUACGAAGUACUGUUCGUCUCUCAUUAGUGCUGCCGGCGCUAUUGCUACACGGCCCUCUGAGGGUCCCAGCGGCAUGCGGCUCAAAGCGCGUUCUAUGUACGGCGGCCUGGCGAACAGCCUGGGCGUUUCUCUAUCUCUUCCUCUCGUGAUCCAAGAGGGGUUUAAGACUUAUGUGCAUUCUCAAUUGGCCACAAAGAGCAAACGCAAACUGAAAAAUGGCCAAAAUAAUGUGCUAGGCCUCUGCGCCGUGCUGCACGUUUCCGGCACUCUCCACAGCUGCGCCAAAGGCCAGACACACGAACUCGCCCACAAUUUGUUCCUGUCCAACGUUGCGGGCCACACCCUGACGGAGCACCUUGUUGUUGCUGGGUCGAGCCUCAUCAACAAACACCCAAAGCUUUUCAUUCUCUGCAACAAAGAUACUGGCGGCCCCAUUUUCGAAUCGGUAAUGGAAGAGCUGCUGGUUGUUUUGUCCCCCGUGUGGGAAGAAGAGGACUUGUUUAAACAAUAUGUAGAGGCGAGCGCGACAGAGGUGGCUGCAGAAGCAGCACCAGCAGCAGAAGCAGCACCAGGAGCAACAGCAGAACCUGUGCCACCGACGCCCAGCCCCAGAAGCAGCAUCAGCUCCAGCAGCAGCAGCAGAAGCUCCAUCUCACCUGCUCCUCAACCUGAGCCUUUGUACGUGGAGGCCAACCCCAAGCUGUUUGAAACUGCAGAAGAAAAGAAAAGAAGACAAAGAAGAUCUCAAGCCAGGGCCUCAAAGGCCAGUGUCCGUCAGGAACCUCCAGAAAAGCCGGCAGUGGAGGAGGAAGAAAGCGAAUACAUUUCCUUGAUGAAGGAGCUCUAA